CAGGAAUCACCUUCGUUGAUUUUGCAAACUUCUAUAAAACGAGAAUAAAAUUACAUUGAGGGGAAAUGAGAACAAACAUGCCAAACAUGUAAAUGAACAAUAAAAUGAAGCGAAAGGACGCAAUGGCUCUGUAUAUAGUUAUUUGUAUUGUGUAUAACCUCAUUGUUCAAUAAAGGUAGAAAAAUACCUGGGGUGAUUUUAAUUCCCACAUUUCCGUGGGGACGUGAAUGCAGCACGGGCAGGUUGUGACAUUCCGGAGAGAAAUGACGCGCUGAUCGGAAAGCUUUCACUUCCCAAACAGAAAGCUGCAGCGGACUGUUUUCUAGCGGGUACACAGUAGAUGUAGUUUACAGAAAGUAACCAAAUGGGCACUUGUGACAUUUGACAAUAAUUCCUUUUAACACUCGGUUUUUACUUGACUUUUAUUUUUCUUUUGUAUUUUUAGUGCGCUGUUUACAGCGCUUUGGUGUGGACGCAACACUAUGAGGUGACUGCAGUCUGCAGUAAAUAUGGGUCAAAAAGAAGAAGCCAAGGUGUCGUGCCUUAACAUCCUAACCUACCACAGAGAGCUGCUGGUGUCCAGGUUGAAGAGUAUUCAAUGCAUACUGGACAACCUGUUGGCCUCUGGCUUCGUCUGUGAAGAAGAUGUUGAGAUCGUACAGCGAACUGUCACCAAGACAGAUCAGGUGCGCAAAAUCUUGGAGCUAGUCCAAUGCAAAGGGGAGGAGGCCUGUGAAUUCUUUAUUUACAUCAUAUAUAAAGUAUAUGAUGCAUACAUAGACCUCCAGCCAUGGUUGAAAGAAAUCAACUACAACCCAAGCAAUGACGUAACGGUGAUACAAGUGGUUAACACAGAUCCCAUCAGCAGAUACUGUGAGAAGUUGAGGCAUGAUAUGAGCCGGGACACCUGCUUCAUCAUGUCAUACAGCCAGCAGGAGGAGACCCGUCUGGAGGAGCUAUACACUGACACACUGAUGGAGCUGUUGAACGACCGCAAUGAAAGUCUGGGCUUCUUGGAGAGUCUGGACCAGCUCCUAGGAGACCAUGCAGUCUUCAAUACCCAAGGUGAAAUCAUCUAUGUGAUGGGGGAUGCCGGUGUGGGAAAAUCCAUCCUCCUGCAGAAGCUCCAGAACCUCUGGUCCAAGAAAGAGCUGCAGACGGACACCAUCUUCUUCUUUAAGUUCCGCUGUAGGAUGUUCAGCAUCUUCAAGGACACAGAACAGAUCUCCCUCAGAGACCUUUUGUUCAAAUACAACUGCUACCCAGAUCAGGAUCCAGAUAAUGAGGUGUUUGACUACAUCCUGCGCUUCCCUGAGAAGGUUCUUUUUACAUUUGAUGGCUAUGAUGAGAUUCAGGAGGAUCUAGACCUGAUGAAUGUUCCUGAAGUGGUGUCACCAGAAGACAAGGCACACCCCCUCCAGCUGCUCAUCAGCUUGCUCUGUGGGAAACUACUCAAGGGCUCCCAGAAGGUGCUGACAGCCCGGACAGGGAUCCAGAUUCAGAGUAAGGUGAUCAGAAAAAAGGUGGCUCUGAAGGGGUUCUCCCCAGCUCAUCUGAAGACCUACAUUGAUCUGCACUUUAAGGAGCAGGAGCACCGAGAGCUGGUGUCAGUUCAGCUGGAUGCUAGCCCCCACCUCUGCGGCCUGUGCUCCACCCCGCUGUUCUCCUGGAUUGUAUUCAAGAGCUUUAGGCACCUGCACACCAUGCAUGAUAAUUUUCAUCUGCCUGAAAUCUGCAUCACACUCACUGACAUCUUCCUCCUGCUGUCUGAGGUGUUCCUCAGCCGCACAGCCUCACUUGCACCAUCUCUGCUGAAGAAAAGCACUCGGUGUGCCUCAGAGACAUUCAAAGCAGGCCUCAGGCCUCUCGCCGCGUUUGCCAAACUCGCACUUAAGGGUAUGGAGAGAGGUAGCUUCAUUUGCAGCCAAGAGGAGAUCACUGUGUGUGGCCUGACAGAGGAGGACCUGCCCCUGGGCUUUCUUAGACCUGUCAGUGAGUAUGAUGCCAGUGGAAGCCCUGCUACAUUUGAAUUCCUCCAUAUUACCCUCCAGUCUUUCUUGGCAGCGUGUGCUCUUGUGUUGGAUGAGCAGGAUGCUGCCAGCUCCAUCCUCAAGUUCUUCACAGAGUGCAGCAGGAAAAGAGAAGCAUCAUGUCUGCCCUUUGACUUCUGUAUCAGUGGCUCUUCAAAGCCCAGUGAAAAAAAUCCCUUUGCAAAUAAUGAACACCUUCAGUUCACUAAUCUGUUCUUGUGUGGACUGCUGUCCAAGGCUCACACCGGCCUGAUGGAGCAUUUGGUAUCUCCUGUGUUAUUAAAGAAAAAACGGGCCUUACUAAAAUCCUACCUUUCCACCAGUGUAAAGUCCCACCUCCAUGGCUUACCUCACUACACCGGCGAAGAGGGCGUGAAAGUUCAUGUUUUGCCCAACUUCCUGUGGAUCCUGAGGUGCAUCUUUGAGACAGGGAGCAAAGACAUCGCUCAGAUGACAGCGAAAGGCAUCACUUCUGGCUUCAUCAAGCUGGGUUACUGUAACGUGUUCUCAGGUGACUGCACCGCCCUGAACUUUGUACUGCAGCACCGUCAGAAGCUCCUGGGGCUUGACAUGGACAACAACAACAUCAGUGACUAUGGAGUGAAGCAGCUGAGGCCCUCCUUUUGUAAGAUGACAGUAGUGAGACUGUGCGUCAAUCAGCUGUCUGACAGCAGCAUUGAGGUUCUUGCAGAGGAGCUGUGUAAGCACAAAGUUGUGGAGGUCUUGGGGCUUUACAACAAUCACAUCACAGAUGUUGGAGCCAAGCUAGUUGCUCAGAUAAUUGAGGAAUGUCCAAAGCUGCGAAUGGUCAAGAUCGGUAAAAACAAGAUCACUAGUGUUGGUGGGAGGUAUUUGGCCAGCGCAAUUCAGAAGAGCACUUCUAUAUUCGAUGUGGGAAUGUGGGGGAACAGCAUCGGCGAUGAGGGAGCGGAAGCAUUUGCAGAAGCUUUGAGGCACCACCCAAGGCUUACCAACCUCAGUCUCUCAGCCAAUGGCAUCACAUCUAAAGGCGGGAAGUGCCUGGCAGAAGCACUGAAGAAGAACAGCGUACUCAGGAUAUUCUGGUUAGUGCAGAAUGAGAUGACCGACGAUGCAGCCGCACACUUUGCUGAGUUGGUCCAAGCGAACACAGGUUUAACCCACCUAUGGUUAAUCAGCAACCAGUUCACUGUGGAUGGGAUCAAACACUUUGCAGAGGCCCUAAAUCACAACACAGCACUCAAAGAGAUAUGUGUGAAAGGAAACCAGCUCUCUGAAGAGGAAGAGAAACAGUUUGUGACCGAGAAAAGGCUGCGGUUCAACUGACUGGGCACUCGUGAGUGCGUGUGCUGUGUAAUGUCUAUAAUGCAGGGUGUUUUCACUGUAUGCGAGUAUUCUUUAACCUGUGGGCAAAUGUUUGCGUGUGGGCACAAAGUCACACUAUCUGCUUUAUGGAAAUACCGUCUGUUCAUUGCAUCAUUCAUUGUUGAUGAAGCCAUUUUUGCACAGAGGAAACGUUCUGUUUCAUGUUUCAUGAUUCAUGCAGGGGAUGUUUACCUGACGUUUUGUCAAAUGUUUGACUGUUUUACGCGACUGUUACAAAAAAGGAAGUGGAAGCAGUGAUGAACAAGAAGAAAACAAACCAAUGACUUCCUUCCUUAUUAACCUUCAUAUAGACUUUAGGCGCAUGUUUUGUUUUGUAUACAAACAAUAAUUUUAUUUAUUAUUUGACUGUUACUCAAGGUGCUGUUAGUUUGUGGUGAGGUGUGCUUCAAUGUGAAGAGAGUGAAUGAAAGAAGACAGCAUUGUCAUAAUGUUAAAACAUUAAACAACAACAAAACAUGGAGCUUAGUUAAAUCAGGAAGAGUACCUUAUUCAUUUUUCUCUUCGUGCCCCUGAUUUGUCUCCUUCACAGGAGGAACUCAUAAAAGGAAUUAUGGCUCUGCUCCAUUCAAUUUUAUUUAUAUAGCGCCAAUUCAUAACAGAUGUUAUCUCACUGCACUUUUCCUAUAGAGUACUCUUUAUAAUAUUGAAGUGUUCCAGCAUCCUGCUGAAUGACAGUGAGCCAGCAUGGACAACAGCAGUGCCCUGAACACUGACACACGUAUAUGGAAGGUAGCCAUUAUUGUUGCAGAUUACACCUGUGCUUUCUCUGCUAUGAUAUUUCAAAAUGUCCGCUGUGAAAAAGGCCGAUUAUUCUGCCUCAAAUCGAAGAAGCAGAGGCUGCACAUCCUGACGUAUAGUCCCUAGUUUGGGUCUAGCUCCAAAAACUCUGAAUCUACAUUUCCCAUAAUGCAACUCGAUUGCGUCUUUCAUUGGAACCUCCCAGCCUGGUAAAUGCCCACAUUUUUACAGGCUGAGUAGUACUACAAAUGACUAGUAAAUGCACCUUUACGUCCAUGAAGUGCACCUUUAAUUCAACUACCAGUUGUGGGUAAAGUGAAAGUGAGCAUAGAUAGAAAAAGUAAAGUUCUUGACUUAACGUUCACUGAGUUUAAUUUGACGGAUUUGUAUCUGGAAAAAAGUCAAAUAAGACGUUCUGCAGGCUGAUAAGACAGCUGGAUCUUUACUUAAAAAUGUGGAUUAGCUUCAAACACAAAAUAACAUGGCAUAAAAAUGUAAUAAGCACAAGAGAAUGACUGGUAUUCAAAGGUGUUUUUUUUUUUUACAUACACAGUUUUACAGAAAAGAUAUAUUGUGUUUAUGAUUUUCUGUCUUUGUCAGUUCCAUACUGAACAGCACACAUUCUGUUACAUUUCAUUAGAUAAUACUUGUUGGGGCUCAGAACUGGUAACAAAUAAAUUAUGAAAAUGCUAAAAAAGUGUGUGACUGAUUCUGAAGUAGCUCAUAUAAGGCUUAUUUCAGGACUGUAUCCUCAGUGCCUCACACACUCCCAGUACAAUUCAAAGACUAGACACACAUUUCUCCCAGUCCCUCCCAAACUUGAGCCACUACACCACUGGGUUUCUUUGAAAUCGCUGUGCUGCUGCUCAAACACCUACAACACCGUAUGCAGGGGAUUUCUCACUGCAUGUGCAAAUAGGGGAAGCCGCGCCUGGAUGUGAUGGUGGUUGCAAACACACAGUGUAGAGCAGAAGACUCUGCUGCUGUCUAGUGGACGUUUUCACCCAACAUGGAGAGCCAGGUACAAGAACAGAGGGGCUAAGAGGUGAAAUCUGUCCACUUUCAUGGGAUAUUCAGCACUACGUCAUCAUGACAUCCUGACAAUAUAUUGUAAAUGCUCUCUGUAUGGAUGGGAUAUGAAGUUGUGUUAAACCAAUGAAAUGUCUACCUUUUUGUUUCUACCCCUACAAACCGAUG